CAGAAGUCGAUUGGGAUAUUAGUCCAAGGUGCUUUGGGGACGGCUGGCACUGCAAUGCCUUCGAAGUGCUUCCUAGUGGCCUUGGCCAUUUUUUCCUCUUUCACCCAGGUUGUAAUAGAAGCCAGUUCUUGGUGGUCAUUAGGGAUGAAUAACCCUGUUCAGAUGUCAGAAGUGUAUAUAAUAGGAGCACAGCCACUAUGUAGCCAAUUGGCAGGGCUUUCUCAAGGACAGAAGAAACUCUGCCAUUUGUAUCAGGACCAUAUGCAAUACAUUGGCGAAGGAGCGAAGACAGGCAUUAAAGAAUGCCAAUAUCAAUUCAGACACAGACGAUGGAAUUGCAGCACUGUGGACAACACCUCCGUUUUUGGCAGAGUCAUGCAGAUAGGUAGCAGGGAGACGGCCUUUACCUAUGCAGUCAGUGCUGCCGGGGUAGUUAAUGCCAUGAGCCGGGCCUGCCGUGAGGGGGAGCUCUCUACCUGCGGUUGCAGCCGAGCUGCCAGACCCAAGGACUUACCCCGGGACUGGCUUUGGGGUGGUUGUGGGGAUAAUAUUGAUUAUGGUUACCGCUUUGCCAAGGAGUUUGUGGAUGCCCGGGAAAGAGAGAGGAUUCAUUCAAAAGGAUCCUAUGAAAGUGCUAGGACUCUGAUGAAUCUGCAUAACAAUGAAGCUGGGAGAAGAACAGUGUAUAACUUAGCUGAUGUGGCCUGCAAGUGCCAUGGAGUAUCUGGCUCUUGCAGUCUGAAGACUUGCUGGCUGCAGUUGGCAGACUUCCGGAAAGUGGGAGACGCAUUGAAGGAGAAGUAUGAUAGUGCAGCUGCCAUGAAACUCAACAGUCGGGGCAAGCUCGUGCAAGUGAAUAGCCGUUUCAACACACCAACCACUCAAGACCUGGUCUAUAUCGACCCCAGCCCCGAUUACUGUGUCCGAAAUGAGAGCACCGGCUCUUUGGGCACACAAGGUCGGCUCUGCAAUAAAACAUCGGAGGGCAUGGAUGGCUGUGAACUCAUGUGCUGUGGCAGGGGGUACGACCAGUUCAAGACGGUGCAGACAGAACGCUGCCACUGCAAGUUUCACUGGUGCUGUUAUGUAAAAUGCAAGAAGUGUACAGAAAUAGUGGACCAGUUUGUAUGUAAAUAAUGGGGCUGCUGCCUCCAGCAGGGGGUACCCUCCUCUUCCCUGGACUAUCUCCACUUUAUUUAUAGAGAGUUCAAUGAGGUUCUUUUUUUAUUAUUUUGUUUUGGUUUUUGGGGUUUUUUUUAGGUUGCAAAGAGAAGCACCUGGAACCAUUUCCGCUCCCAUCCAAGGACUGUGUGGUUUAUUAUUAUUAUUAAUAUUUUGGCAAUAAUGGGGGAACCAGUAAUAUUUAUUUUAUGAAAAAAUUAAAAAGACUUUUGAUAGCAUAGAAUGAGGGGGAAAAACAUAUUCUAACAUAGCUACAUGGGACAUAGUAUAUGUCUAGAAAUAAAUAAACCAUUUUACCUUUACUUACUGGAGGUCUGAAAAAUGACCAGCAUAAUCCAGAGUGACGCAAAUCUACAUGCGACCUAACGCCAAUUGUGACUGUUACAGAUUAAUCUGAACAAUCCAAUAAUGAAGUUUUGUGAAAUAAGUGAUUCCUCUAUCCACUGAGAUUAUGAAAGUUUUCAAUUAUCAAAAUCUUAAGAACAUCUUUUAAAUGAAUAGUGAAAAGCCAGAAUCACUAAGGGUUGGAAGGUAUAAUAAGAUUUGUGUUUGUUUCACCAUUCUAAUAAAGCUUCAACACUGAGCAACACAGGCCAAAUAGCUAGUGAAACCUAAAGAGAAAACAAAAUAAUUUAGCUUUUAAUAAUAGUUUGACUCCUUCAUGUUAAUCUAGCUCUCGAUACGAAAGAGGAAGCCCCAAGUAAAUAGAUCUAAUUUCUUAGGUAGCAUCCUGUCUGUUUUUUUAAGAGAACUAAACAUUUAUCAGUGCUUAGUUAAUAAAUGCUAACUACAGUUAUAAUAGUGAACUUCAUUCACAGUACUGUAACCCAAAUAAAUAGAAGUGAUUACACUGCAGUUGAAAACUGCACCAAACCAGAGCCAUUUAAGGAAAUAAUUUCCCCAAUUUGACCCCUCCUACCCUUCUCUUAUUCUGUAGUGUGAUAGCUGGCCACCUUUCAAACAAACAGCUUGACAAUAUUCCCUGUUAUUUUAUGAGAGGAAAUGAAUCAUUAGGCAUCCACUCUGAGAACAGUUUAAGGUGGAUUUUUGUAAAAGCUUUAUUUUGAGGAGAUGAUAUU